CCGCCUCUUCCUCCGCCUCCUCCUCCGUGUCCGUGAUGGCGGCCGGCGGCGGCCCGGUGCGGCUGCGGCUGGUGUUCGACCACCCUCCGCCGGCCAGCCCGGGCUGCGCGCUGUGCUGGCUGCUGCUGGAGCCGGGCCAGGCGCGGCUCGUCACCGACCUGCUCAGCCUCAUCCGCCAUCGCUUCGGCUUCAGCCGCCGCGCCCGCCUCAGCCUCUUCCUCGAGGGGGCGCUGCUGCCGCCCGCCGAGAGCGCGCGCCUCGUGCGGGACAACGACUCGCUGCGAGUAAAGUUGGAAGAAGUAGUUGCAGAUGAUUAUGAAGAGAUAGAUGAUGGCUUUAUUUACACAACAAAAGAAGACAAAAAAAGGCACAGACAGAAGGAGGAUGAGGAAGAAUUGUCUAGGAAUGAAGGCAAGCAUAAAAGGAAAAAGAAGAAGGAGAAGCAUAACCUUGAGUAUUCCUCUUGUAGGGAAGAGACCUCUCUAGAUACUUGGGACUCUCAGAAAAGGUACACGAAAAGAAAAAGAAAGGAAGAAGUUAGGGGAAGAAAUAGACUCACAGAAGGUAAGGAAGAGACCUCUACUUCCCAUUCUAAAAAGAUGAAAAAAACAGAGAGGGAGAAGCAGUUGGCAACAAAAAAGAAGGAUGAAAAUCAGACAAAGGUUGCUGCAGCAAAGAUGGCUUUAGAACGGGCAAAUGAGAGCUUGUCUCUGAAUUCUGGUAAAAAUAGCACCAAAAAGACCACAACACAGUCCAGGAAAAAGAGGGUGGGAGCUUCAGAUUCCUCCAGCACAUCGUCUGACAGUGACAGCAGUGAAUUAAAUGUAAAGGAAAAUAAAUCUUCCCAUAAACCUGUAGUGGUGACACUUCCCAAAGACAAAUCCCAAGCUGCUUCAGAUUCUGAUGUGAAAACUAAUAAAGUGACUGUAAAGUCUAACACUGAAAAGACUAAGACUGCAAUUAGUAAAAAUGCUAAAAAACCCCAGUCAUCUAGUUCAGAUUCUGACUCGAGUACAGAGGAGGAGAAGGUGACACCAGCACAAGACAGCACUGCAAAGGAAAAAUCAGUGCCAAACCAUGUGGUGGCUGUAAAAGCCAGCACCAAGGCUCCCAAAGCACAGAGCUCCUCUUCAGACUCUGAUAGUUCAGAUUCAGACACACUUGUCAUUAAAAAAUCGGCAGCAGGUGCUGGACUGGGUAAUUCCAUAGUGAGGAGCUGCACUAAACAGGUGCCAGCCAGUGCCCCAGGAGCGUUUGCCAGCCCCAGCCGUGGAAGGGGGCGUGGAACAGGAGAGGAGAACUUCUGGAGAGCACCUAGGGGCCGAGGGUUUCGUGGGAUGAUGAGGGGCCAUGGGAGAGGAGCAAACCCUGGCUUCUUCUAUAACUACAGCAGUGAAGGCCAGAAACAGAGGCAGUUAAAUGAAGCUGCAACAAACACUUCUGUCCUUGUCCAGAAUCCGGUGGAGAUUCCCAAGAGAGACUAUAGUGUGUUACCUCUUCUAGCUGCUCCACCCCAAGUGGGAGAAAGAAUUGCCUUUAAGCGCCUGGAACUAACUGAAAAUUACAGUCCUGAAGUUUCAGACUAUAAGGAGGCAAAAAUACUCAGUUGGAAUGAUGAAAAAAAGCAGAUUGAACUUGAGAUCCUUUCGACAUCAGCAGGACAAUCUGCCAAGGAGCCAGGGAAGUUCGACCUGGUGUACCAGUCUGCAGACGGAGCGGAGCUGAUCGAGUACGCGGUGCCGCAGGACACCAAGAUAACUGAAAGCUGGGAUGCGCUGAUAGAGCCAAGACUGAUUGUGGAGCCUCCAGUUAAUGGAUCCAGCAUUGAAAAUGGAACAUCUAGGAUGUGAGAAGAUGUGAACAAUUGUACAGAUCUGUUCUGUGAAAUGCUGCCUUCUGGUUCUGAGGGUGGCAGGUGCACUGGUGGACGUUACUGUCUUAACUGUUUUUCUUUUGGCCUACUUCUUUAUUUUUCCCCUUAGGCUAUGUUUUUAUGUAAUACAUGAAAACUUUGUUUAUUAUAGGAAAUCUAAUAUAGAUCUGUUUGGUUUGAAUAUUUAUAUCCUACUGUAGCAAGCUGCAGAACUGGAAUAGUUUGAUUAAAAGAUAAAACACAACCCUAUACUGUGAGUAACUGUUUAAAUGUCUGGGUUUGGCUAGAGCUGUAUAACUGCCAGAGGUCAUUUUUAUUUAAAAUUUUAUUAUAAAUAUUGUUGAUAUGCAGACUGUCCCUCUGCUUCUGCCACAGCAUACAAAUGCUGUGACUUUGCAGUUACUUAAAGAGUUCACUGAAACAUAUUCAGAAAACCUGUGGAUGUCAAGCUUCUGUGAUUUUGUGGCAGAUAAAUAGCACUGGUAACUGUCAACUGUGCUUAGAACCAGUGGAAUAUAACAUGAACCCCUGGCACAAUUGUGUCCCACUGUGUUAAUCCAUGUAGGCUCUGAAAGCCUUUAUUGUUGGUUUUAGAGCAAACCACCUUGCCCUUUAAGUGCUGAAGUUUCUGUGCUGCCUUUCUUCUUCCCUUUCCAGCAGCAGAAUGGGUCACCAGGUGCUGGCAAGGCACUGCACUGACAGCUCUGGUAAUUAUGAGCAUUGAAGGGGUACUUUGUACCUCGGGAGUCUUGGCAAGUCUUACACUUUCAGAUAAUCCCUGUGCUAGAUAGUUGACUCCUACAGAGAAGACAUGGGAAAAAACAAACCCUAGAUACAAACAAACACCUGAAAAUUUGUACAUUAUGAUUUAGCUGUCAUGUACUCUGACCUAGUGCAUUAAUCCAUUAAAGUACUGUGCAUUUUUGUGUCA